GCGUCCCCGGAGCCACAGCUUGGUGGCAACCACUCCGGCCACUGUCUUGCCACAGGCGCAGAGGUUUCUGAGCCCAGUGUGGGCAGCGAAGGCUUUCCCGGCCAGAUGGCUGCACCUCAACAGGAGCCUGUGGACAGUGGCAGCCAGUGUGGGCAGUGCCUUGCGACACCCACAGAGGCGUCCCCGGAGCCACAGCUUGGUGGCAACCACUCCGGCCAGUGUCUUGCCACAGGCGCAGAGGUUUCUGAGCCCAGUGUGGGCAACGAAGGCUUUCCCGGCCAGAUGGCUGCACCUCAACAG